AAAUUUUUUAUGAGUAAAUGGAAGAUGGUGUAAGCAAAGCUUAGAUGCUGGGUGUGUCCAAGAGGCUAGAUCACUGAGAGCUCAUUAGAGAGGGCUUCUUGGAGGACAAGCUGAACAGGCUUUGGUGCAGGGGAGAGAUGUGACUUGGUGCAGUAUGAGGGUCUUGGGGAAGCACCAGAAAGAUGCACUUUAUAAUUUAACAAUCAUUGAACAACGUUAUUGUCAAGCCUCAUGCUGGGCACAGGAGACCUCAGUCUGCACGCAAGUUGCCUCCCUUGUAGUAGAGGAGGAAGACAAGACAGGCAAAGCCGAUGCAGAGUGCCCAGGGUCACAUGGUCUGUGCUCCAGUUUCUUCCUGACCAACAACUGGAACCACCUCCAGAUGAAUGAAUUUUCCUGGAAAGAUGUUACCAAUGCCUUAUCCUUGGCCAACAUGAUCCUGGGGCUCUUUUCCAUCUUCUGCAGCUUCUGCAAGAAAUCCCAGUGUGCCUCCUGGAUGCUUCUGAUCAGCUUCCUGUUAGACAUGGCAGUUGGGGCAAUGACCAGACACCUCACCGUUUGCCACAGAUCAGGAACCAAGCUGAAUGACUUUGCUGUCUUCACCACCUUUGGCCUGGGCUCAGCCCUGCUCCUGGGUGUGGAUGGACCUCUGAAUGGUUCCCUGGUCAUCAUUUAUGUGCUAGCUGCUUCUUUCCGCCUGUGCUUUUAUUCAACUGGUGUUCCUUCCACAUACAAGGGUCUGCCCUGCCCCUACGCUUCCUGUGUUUUGGCCUCCACCUCCCUGCUUACCAAAGGCAACACAUUCAUUCUCUCUUGCAUGGCCUUACUCAUGAUUCUAUUCAUGAUGGACCAGAGCUACUAUCCACAUGAUGAAAUCCUAGAGUCUGAGAACUGGAAAAAAAUGGUGUAUUUAGGAGGUGUCAUCAUGCUGUUGUUGUCUCCAUUUCGGCUAACUGCUUUUUACUACCUGAUAUGGUCACUCUCCUAUAUCUUCUUUCCAGAUGCUCUGUGGGGCAAGGCAGUGUGUCUUAGGUUACAGCUCCAAAGAAACUGAACAGCUCUGCCCACCCCCAUGGCCUCAUGCGAUUUGUGCUAGCAUGUUGGGCCAAGCUUUGCCUUCUCCUCACUAAAUCUUUCCUUGUCCCUAUAUUGUGCGUGCACUAGAUACUUGUUGCAUUGAUCCAGAGCAAUCCACAAUGGGUUAGUGGCCCUCUCUUCCUCCUCUUUCCCUUGGGGACAACAGUUGUUUAGGACCAAAGAACAGAGUUUUAUCCAAGCUAACUUUGGGCCGGGUUUGAUUUCCAGUUCUGCACCCCCUGGGUGACCUUGUGCACCAAGGCAAAUCCCUCG